AGAUUUUUUCUUCUUCUUCUCUAUCCAGUGGGAGGUGGAAUGAGAAAAUGAAAGUUUACUUAUCUCUCUCACCCUCACCCUCUCUCCAUGUGUGUAUUUGUAUCAUCAAUUGAUGAAGAUGAAGAUGACAGUGAAGGAGCAAAGUGUCAACAAGUGUCUCACUUCCCAUGUGAUGAUAAGGAUGAUGAGCAAAAAUGAAGAUAAAGAUGAAGGUGGAAGAUGUUGAAACAUUUUUAGCUUUCUCACUUUUCGAUUUCAUCUUCUAUCGAUAACUUAUAUUAGAACUUUUUUCUCUCUCUCUUCUCUUUUUUUCUAUGAUGGAUAUCGACCUAUUUAAAGCUAAUCUAUUAGCUAAUCAUCUUAAUCCAAUUGGACAUUCAUCUUCAACCUCAUCUUCAUCUUCUUCAUCAACCUCAUCGGCUAAUCAAAGUUCCGUUUGUUUGAUUUGUGGAGAUCGAGCCUCAGGUCGACACUACGGUGUACCAAGUUGCGAUGGUUGCAGAGGUUUCUUUAAACGAAGUGUUCGUCGUGAUCUGGUUUACAAGUGUAAAGAUCGUGGACUUUGUGUGAUCGAUGUCGCUCGACGGAACCAGUGUCAAUAUUGUCGAUUCAAGAAAUGCCUCCAAGUGAACAUGAGACGAGAAGCUGUUCAACAUGAGAGGAUAAAUUGUAACGGUAAAACUGAUUGUAAAUCAAGUAAUCGACCUGAAAAUUGGUCAAAAAAUACUCGACCAGUUAAAACGACAUCAACAUCAACCCAACAACCAACAACCACAACAAACAUUUUAUCAUCAACAUCUUCAAAUUUAUCGUCUCCAUCAUCAUCAUCAACAUUUCUCAGAUCAUCUAGAUCACCUUUAUCAAAUAAUAACAAUAAUCAUCAUCAUCAUCAUCCCCACCUACAAACACCACAUCUUCAUCCUCUAAUAUCAACAAUUUCCGGAAGUUCAUACAUUUCAAAUUUAGUGACCACAGAAACAGUUUCAUCCUCAUCACUUGGACCAACAAUUGAACCUUCACAAGUUAUAUCAUCUCCUUCAUCGUCCACUCACUCAUCAUCAUCACCUUUAACCACAUCCACAAUACCAUUAAUUAGCCGAUCAUUUAAUUCAGUUUCCCAAUCAUUAUCAUCUCAAUCAACAACUGACCCAUGGUCACAAUGGUUCCUACCAACAGUAACAACGCCAAUUAUACCUCAACCAUGUUACUCACCAACACCAAUUACCGGAAUCAUCUUCACGGCUCUUAAUUGGGCUUUAAGUAUACCAGCAUUUCAAUCAUUACGAAGAUCAGAUCAACAAAUUUUAUUAGAUGAAACUUUGAUUGAUUUAAUUCUGUUAACUGGUUUACAAUAUCGUUUAAAUAUCAACAAUUUAUCAACAACACCAACACCAAUUAAAUCAAGUUCAUCAAACAAUCAACAACAAUCAGCAACAAUUUCAUCAACUGAAAUAAUUACAAACUUUUUAAAUCAACACAACAAUUAUUUCAAUCUAAAUGAUUCCUGGAGACUCAAAGAUAUCAUUGAUUACAUUGAUUCAAUUAAUUUAGAUCACAUUGAAUACACUUGUCUAAAAGCACUGUUACUUUUCCGACCAGAGUUAACUGGAUUGACGGAUAUAAAUCAAAUUGCAAUGAUUCAGGAUCAAGCUCAAUUGUUACUCUAUCAACAUACAACUUCAUCAUCAUCAUCAUCAUCAUCAUCAUCUUCUUCCUCAUCAUCAUCAUCAUCAAUUCAUAAUAAUGGUCAUCUUUACACUUCGACUUGUCCACUUCGAUUUGGUCGACUUUUACUUUUACUCUCAGCAAUUAAGCGAAUGAAUAAAAAUCAUUUCACUUCCAUUCAACCAACUCUAUUCAAUCCACUGAUUCAAUGAUCAAUUUGAUUACAUUAACAAUCAACUGACAAUCAGUUCACAAUUUAGGAUCUUCAUCAUCAUUCAAUCAUCAUCAUAAUCCAUUGGUAACAAAAAUCAAUUUUUUCUUUCUAUCAAAUAUUGAUAAUGAUAAAAAGUUUUCUUCGUUCGGAUAAAUACAACAAAAUAUAAUUUCGUUUUCUCAGACAAUUAAGUAAAUCAUCAAUUUGUAUAUAACAAUUAGAAUUUACAAUUGAUCGAGAAUUUUUUCCCUUUAAUUGUCACAAUUUCGCUUUUCAUUUUGUUUGCCAAUAUUUUCCCAAUUAGAAUUGGAAAAUGUCUCCCCUGUUAAUUGCAAUUCUGUAAUUAGGUUUAGUGUUGUAAUUAGUGUGUUAAUUUGUAAACAAUUAACAAAAAAAACAAUAAAACUUGACAAUCUAUUGGUAAA